GAUACUCUCCGUUCUUACACAGCUGGUGCCUGCAAGUGUAUGAGAAUUUGAGAACUGUGGUCUGGAUUUUAGAGCUUAGAUCGAUCUCUCUCCUCGCGCGUAUUGCUUCUGCGGAUACAUAGACUGGAACAAAAAGAUCUUAAAGUUAACAUUUUUCUUUUUGUUUUCGAGUUUUGAAGUUUCAGAUUCAAUAGAUGAAGAUUUUGCAGUUUGGUCUUUUAAUUGCUUUGGCGUCUGGUAUCUCGGCAAUCCUCAUCUAUGUUACUGGCGUGUCCAAUCUGAAUUCGGUCCACAAGCUAUCGCGUGACGAUGUGGAAGCAUUGGAAUCUCUACUGAGCACUUUCCAGAAGUGCGUGAGUGCAAAUGGAUUAGGUUUACAAGCAGUUACUGGUAGUGAUUAUUGCCAAGUCACAAUAAACUUUCCUAGUGAUACUGUCCCUAAAUGGAGAGAUCCUAAAACUGGAGAACUUGAAGGAUUAUCAUUUGAAUUUAAUCUUUGUGAAGCUGUGGCUACAUGGGAGCAGGUUCGCAAUAGCAGUACCAUACUUACACGGGAGUUCAUUGAUGCUUUACCAAAUGGAUGGGAGGACUAUGCCUGGCGUAGGAUUAAUAAGGGAAUACUUCUUAACCGCUGUCAGAACAAAACUUUAUGCAUGGAGAAACUCUCAUUGGUACUUCCAGAAACACCACCAUAUUUUCCGAGGCAGUUUGAUCGGUGUGCUGUAAUUGGUAAUUCAGGAGAUCUUUUAAAGACAAGAUUUGGGAAGGAAAUAGAUGGUUAUGAUGUUGUUAUCAGAGAAAAUGGUGCCCCCAUACAGAACUAUACAGAGUAUGUGGGCAAGAAAAGUACAUUUCGUCUUCUUAACAGAGGAUCUGCCAAAGCACUUGAUAAAGUUGUGGAGUUAGAUGAAACUGGGAAGGAGGCCUUGAUAAUCAAAACAACUAUACAUGACAUCAUGAGCAAGAUGAUCCGGGAACUUCCAAUAUACAAUCCGGUGUAUCUCAUGUUAGGUGCAUCCUUCGGCUCAGCAGCUAAGGGAACUGGCCUCAAGGCCCUUGAAUUUGCUCUCUCCAUGUGUGAGUCGGUUGAUAUGUAUGGUUUCACUGUGGAUCCAGGAUACAAGGAAUGGACCAGAUAUUUCUCAGAAUCUCGACAAGGUCACACUCCUCUGCAUGGAAGGGCUUACUACCAGAUGAUGGAGUGUUUGGGUCUUAUUAAAAUCCACUCUCCAAUGCGUGAUGAUCCAAAACGUGUUGUGCAAUGGCUGCCAAGCAGGAGCACAAUUAGAGCUGCUAGAAUUGCAUCAGAGAAAUUGUUGAGGAGGGUUGGAGCAGGAUCUGAGGAACCACUGGCUGCAUGUUCAAUUAGAAAAAAACAAGUUAGAAGAAAGUCUUCUGCUAUUUCCAGCCUUAGAAAAGCGGCUGUUGAUCAUCAAAAAUAUGUUAAAGGCGCAACAAUGUAUCCUUUGGAGCACGGUCCUGGACAUGGUAUGCUUUGCACAUUGCCAACAGACUGACACUGGAUUUUCUGGCAUAGAGCCGAAGCCAGAGCCAGCUAACUGAACUACGCUAAGUUAUAGAUUAAUGCAUGAUUGAUGAUGACUGAUUUAUGAGGGAAGUUGCUGCUGAGUAUUUUGAAAGCAGAGGCUAUGGACACCAUUUCCGCUUGUAUACUUUUCCUGCUCUGUCUGUUUCAAAAAGAAUUAGAUUUUUUUUUUUUUACCAUAUAUUUAAAGUCAAAUGUUAGUAUAGAAAUCAUUUCCUUUUUCUUUUACCAGAUUUCAAGUGUAGUUUAAUCAUUCUUUUGGUAACAUGUAACGAAUUCACUCUGAGAUUAUUGUUUAUUUACCUUUGCAUUUCUUU